GCACCUGAAUGUUAGUUAGCUGCCACUCAAAGGGCUACUGAACAGUACACAUGUUCGUGCAUAUAUCAGCAUCACAAAGGCUUGGUCCAUAAUGAACUAGACCAAGUGAAGUACUUAAGGGGAGGAGACAAUGGAGGGAGAUGGCGACACUGUGACGGCACCGUUGCUGGAGUUCAUCGAUGACCGGUCAGCUGCCUCGGAGGAGCUGCUGCGCCGGGAGCCGGUGCCAUUCAACGUGCUGUCGCGGCUGGCAUUGUGGGAGGCCGGCAACCUGUGGCGCAUCUCAUGGGCGUCCAUCCUCAUCACGCUCUUCAGCUUCACUCUCAGCCUCGUCACACAGAUGUUCGUUGGCCACCUUGGUGAGCUGGAGCUUGCCGGGGCCUCCAUCACCAACAUCGGCAUCCAGGGCCUAGCCUAUGGCAUCAUGCUCGGCAUGUCGACUGCAGUGCAGACGGUGUGCGGCCAGGCCUACGGUGCGAGGAGGUACAGGGCGAUGGGCGUUGUUUGCCAGAGAGCGCUCCUACUCCAGUUUGUGACGGCCGUCGCCAUCGCUUUCUUCUACUGGUACUCUGGCCCAUUCCUGCGGCUCAUUGGGCAGGCUGAGGACGUGGCUGUGGCGGGGCAGCUGUAUGCUCGUGGGCUGGUGCCGCCGCUGCUCGCGUUUGCACUCUUCUGCCCGAUGCAGAGGUUCCUGCAGGCUCAGAACAUCGUCAACCCCGUGGCGUACAUGGUGCUUGCUGUGCUUGUCUUCCACAUCCUCAUCUCGUGGCUCGCUGUCUUCGUUCUCAGCUUUGGCCUUCUCGGCGCGGCUCUGACGCUGAGCUUCUCUUGGUGGGUGCUUGUGGCGUUGACAUGGGCGUACAUCAUCUGGAGCCCGGCUUGUAAGGAGACGUGGACCGGGUUGUCCAUGCUCGCUUUCAGAGGCCUCUGGGGAUAUGCCAAGCUCGCCUUUGCGUCGGCUGUUAUGCUAGCAUUGGAGGUCUGGUACGUGCAAGGAUUUGUGCUUCUGACUGGCUUCCUCCCCAACUCGGAGAUUGCUCUUGAUUCACUCUCUAUCUGCAUCAACUACUGGAACUGGGACUUCCAAAUCAUGCUUGGUUUAAGCUAUGCGGCCAGUAUCCGCGUCGGCAACGAGCUUGGCGCUGGCCAUCCAAAGGUCGCGAGGUUGUCGGUCCUGGUGGUCGUCACGGCGAGCAUCGCCUUCAGCAUUCUCGCCACGAUCGUCGUCAUGGCCCUCAGGUACCCGCUGAGCACCCUCUACACGAGUAGCACGACGGUGAUUGAGGCUGUCAUUGCACUGAUGCCAUUGCUGGCCAUCAGCAUCUUCUUGAAUGGGAUCCAGCCAAUCCUCUCAGGAGUGGCCGUCGGGAGCGGAUGGCAAGUCAUAGUUGCCUAUGUCAAUGUCGGGGCUUACUACAUCAUCGGUCUGCCAAUCGGAUGCGUUCUAGGGUUCAAAACAAGCCUGGGAGCAGCUGGGAUCUGGUGGGGCUUGAUCAUAGGGGUCGCAGUGCAGACGGUGGCACUGAUCGUCAUCACGGCCAGGACCAACUGGGAGAGCGAGGUGGAGAAGGCGAUCCAGCGGCUGCGGCACACCGCCGCAGACGAGGGUGGCAUGGUGGUCGACGGCGACGUCUAAUGACCGGGCCCAUGGAUGUGUCUGGGGCUCUGUUUGGUGGCCAUUGUUUGCUUUGCUAGGAGCACUCCCCAUGAGGAGGGAAGUAGUAGCUGGUGCCGAACUUUAUUAUCAAGAGGCCAUGGUGCCUUUCGGUUUGUGCAAUAAGUUGAAGUGAGAUGAUGGAAAGUUGAAAUGCCUUGACUUUUUUUUCGAGGAUGAACUUGUACUAGUUAAAUGGUAAUUAACCUUGGCUGCUGGACUAGAAAUGGUUUGAUUUCUUGAGCUCUUACGCAUUGAAUUCAUUUUAGAGAAGCUCUUACUAUUUGAUGACGCCCCCAAAUUAUUGUGGUCAAGGUGGACC